AUGACGGACUCACAAGAAAUAAACACAUCAAACGGAGAACGCUCGCAAAUCAACAGGGUGGCUUUAAAAGUACCUCCUUUCUGGACAGACGAACCCGAAUUAUGGUUCGCACAGCUUGAAGGCCAGUUUACACUAGGAAGCAUAACGCAAGACAGCACUAAAUAUGCUUAUGUUUUGUCCCACAUAGAGACUAAGCAGGCCAAAGAAAUUAAGGACCUGAUAACAAAGCCACCUGAAGAAAAUAAAUAUGAGAGUAUCAAGAAGGCAUUAAUACAACGCCUAUCGACCUCUCAGGAACAGCAAAUCCGCCAGCUCUUAGAGCAUGAAGAAAUGGGAGAUCGAAGACCUUCACAGUUUCUCCGGCACCUACAGGCCUUGGCCAGUUCAGCCAUUUCGGAACAGCUUCUACGGACUUUAUGGAUGGGCAGAUUGCCAUCCCAAUUACAAGCUAUUCUAGCCACACGGAACGCUGACAAACUAGAGGAUGUAGCCGAGCAGGUUGACAGAAUUCAUGAAAUCACCUGCAGAGCCACGACAGUCGCCAGUAUGCAGUCGACAACGAAUUCCUCAGUAGAGGAUCAAAUCGCUGAGCUAAAUAAAAAGCUGGAAAGAUUAGAAAACCGGCUGUCUCGCCCUGGAAACAGAAACAACCAGCGCAAUCGUUCCAGGAGUCGGUCCAGAAAAGGCCAAAAAGAAGAAAAGGAAGCAGACGUUUGUUACUUUCACCGACGAUUCAAGGAGAAAGCUCGGAAAUGCACACAGCCGUGCAACUUCAAGAAAGCAUUGGAAAACUAA